AUGGCUGCUCCUACUAUUCUCACUUUAAAUGCUGAGGGUCGGGCUGUCGACUUUGAGGUCUGGGUAGAUGACCUACUACUUUUCCUACAGUGCGAUAGGACAGAUGGUCUCUCCCUAUUCGAUCUCACGUCUGGCGCCUCUCCUGCCCCUCCUGCCGAUGCUGACAGCACUAUUCGCUCACAGUGGGCCACACGUGAUGCUGCUGCCCGUCUUGCUGUUCGUAGUCACUUGCCGUCCUCUGAGCGCGCGCACUUUGGUCAGUAUAAGAGCGCUAAGACCCUGUAUGACGCUGUAGUUGCACGCUACUCUUCCCCUGCCACUGCUGCUCUUAGUCGCCUCAUGCUGCCGUACCUGGACCACUUCCUCUCUGUUUGCCCCACCACACUCACCGUUGACCUCCUCGAGGAGCGCCUCCUGGCAGCAGAGAAGAGCAUCGUCGCUGUAGGAGCCUCUCGUGGUGACCCUCGUACUCCCUUCUUUGAGGGGUGUUCCCCCUCCCCCCUCCUGCCCUCUGUUGCCUCUGCUGCUGCGGCCGACCUCGUUGGCCUUGAGUCGGUCGGAGCUGCGUCUGCCCCUAGCGGGAGACGCCGCACCGGCAAGGGCAAGGGGGGCAAGGGUGCUGGAGGAGCUGGUGGGGGUGGUGGAGGUGGUGGUGGAGGCGGUGGAGGGGGUGGGGGCGGUGGUGGGAGUGGUGGCGGGGGUGGGGGCGUCGGUGGCGGCAUUGGAGGCGGAGGAGGCGGCGGCGGUGGUGGUGGGAGCGGAAGAGGCAGGGGUGGCGGCGGCGUCGGAGGUGGCGGCGGCAGUGGUGGGACUGGUCGGAGCGGCUCUGCGCAGAGGGGCGGCUCCGGUGGUGGUCAACGCCAGCAGCAGCAGCGCACUCGUGAGACCCCUACCUACGUCCUGCGUACCGGCGACCGUACGGGUGAGCAGUGCGGGGGCCUGCACCCCACCCAGCGCUGCUUCGGUCGCCUGACGGACGCCUGGCGUCUCCAGUUCCCUGACGCCACUGAGAUCCCUCGGUGGGGAGAGCUGCAGAGGUCGGGGGUUGCUAUCUUUGAUCUUGAUUAUGAUGCUAUUCUUGCUGCCAUGUAUGCUGUGUCUACUAGUGAUGAGGGUGAUUGUUGCCUGUGUGUUCCGCCUGACCCGGGCAUUGGGACUGCUGCUCUAGGUGUUGGUGAGGCUGCUGCUCUAGGUGCUAGUGAGUCUGCUGCCCCAGGUGCUACUGAGUCUGCUCUCUCAGGUACCACGUCGGCUCCAGCCUCCCACACCUUCACCCUUGACUCAAUUGCCUCCCGCUCCUUCUUUCGAGACCGCACCACACUCACGCCGCUUAGUCGGCCAGUUGCGGUCUCCCUGGCAGACCCCUCUGGGGGUCCUGUCCUUGCCCACUUCUCCACUGUCUUACCGUGUCCGGCGGCCCCUUCUGGCACCCUGUCAGGUCUCUACCUCCCCUUGUUCUCUACGAACUUGGUGAGUGGUGCUGACCUACAGGAUGCGGGGCACCACCGCCUUGGUCACCCCUCGCUGCCUCGUCUCCAAGGCAUGGCCUCCCGUGUCCUUGUCUCUGGUCUCCCCCGGUCCCUCCCUCCUCUUCCUCCGGGGCCUGCCCCCACCUGCGUUCCUUGCGUCGAGGGGAGGCAGCGUGCUGCUCCUCACUCCUUUGAGUUUCCUCUAACAGAGGCUCCGCUGCAGACGCUUCACAUGGACGUGUGGGGCCCAGCCCGCGUCCGUGGACAGGGUCAUGAGCGUUACUUCCUGCUGGUGGGUGACGACUACUCGCGUUACACCACAGUCUUCCCCUUGCGCAGCAAGGGUGAGGUCACUGAGGUGUUGAUCGGCUGGAUCCACCCUGCUCGUCUCCAGCUCAGAGAGAGUUUCGGCUCGGACUUUCCUGUACUGCGUCUUCACUCCGACAGAGGCGGUGAGUUUUCCUCUGACCUUCUGCGAGCAUUCUAUCGUGCACAGGGCAUCCGCCAGACGUUCACGCUUCCGGCCUCUCCACAGAAAAAUGGGAUUGCUGAGCGCCGCAUUGGCAUGGUCAUGGACGUCGCUCGUACGUCCAUGAUUCAUGCGGCUGCUCCUUAUUUUCUGUGGCCGUUCGCGGUUCGGUACGCGGCGCAUCAGAUCAACCUUCAGCCCCGAGUCUCCUUGCCAGAGACCUCCCUUACUCUGCAAUGGACAGGGAAGGUUGGCGAUGCGUCUACGUUUUGUAUCUGGGGAUCUCGGGCUUUUGUCCGCGACUUGUCUGCGAAAAAGCUGUCCCCCCGUGCUGUUCCCUGCGUCUUCCUUGGCUUCCCCCCUGACGCGCCUGGUUGGCAGUUUUACCACCCCACCUCGCGCCGUGUUCUGUCCUCCCAGGACGUCACGUUUGACGAGUCGGUUCCUUACUACCAUCUCUUCCCCUACCGCACUACACCCCUCCCCCCGCCGCCGCUCUUCCUCGCGCCAGAUCCCCCCCCGAUAGACCCCCUUACCCCUCAGGGUGUGUCUCAGGUAGACGCAGUCGAGCUUGUCGAGGUAGCUGUUGACUCUGGUGCUGCUAGGGGUGCUGAGCCUGCGGGUGCGGGGUCUGGGGGUGCUGAGCUUGGGGGUGCUGAGACUGGGGGUGCUGAGUCUGGGGGUGCUAAGCCUGGGGGUGCUGAGUCUGGGGGUGCUGAGUCUGGGGGUGCUGAGCCUGGGGGUGCGGAGCCUGAGGGUGCUGGACCUACUCGUGUGGAGAGCAACGCGAGUGGUUUGCUCGGCGCUGGAGCCGUGCUGCUGGAGCUGGAGGUGCUGCUGGGGCUGGAGGUUGUGUUGCUACUAAGGGUGCUGGUGCAACGGGUCCCGGAGGUGCUCGUAACCGGGGGUACUGGAGCUGCUGGGCCUGCGGGUGCUCCUGGUGCUGGAGCUCGUGGUGCUGCUGGAGUAGGUGCUACUAGAGGUGUUGGAGCUGGGGCUGCUCCUUCUUCUGGUGGUCUGAGUGGAGCUGGAGAUGCUAGGGGUGCUACUGGUACUGGUGCUGUUCCUGCUGGUUCUUAG